GCGGCCCGACUUUCGCAAGUUCUGAGCUGUCCCCUUGAUCACGGUUGCCGUGUUUCUAGAACAGAUCUAUCACCUCUUCGACACCGAGACACGCUUCGUGGCGUUGCCUUUGCGGCCCCUGCUGCGUUGAACAUCCUUGCAGACGUAGGUGGUCCGGGUCUAGGUUCAGAAAACAAAAAAAAUGAAUCCAGGCGUCCAACAUCCAAAAAUACACACAAAUCAAUGGAUUGUUGAACGGCAUCGUGCCUUACCGCCGCCAUCAUCAGUCCAUCUUGCUGCACUCGAUGAUCACUCACAGUCUUAUUCUGCCGUCACCGACUCAAACCCGACUAGUGGUGGCCCUUACGAGGUGUCGCCAGCGAAACGGGUAAGGAUAUCAGGCGUUCUAGCAUCCUCAACCGCAGGCUGGGGCACGGGUCAACAGCAUGGCCAAGCUCAUGAUGCAGAAGUAGGGCCUUUCACUGAAACGGGCCCUAGAGCUCCCAAGUCCACUUACCGUGAGAAGAAUGGCGAUAUCACGGUGAAAAAGUCCAACGCAAUACCGCAAAGCGGCAGCACGAGCAGCAGUGUCAACACUAACAACAAGUCUCGCCGGGUCCGCACUGGGUGUCUAACCUGCCGUGGCCGCCACCUCAAGUGCGAUGAAGCCUUCCCGGAAUGCAACAACUGCCGAAAGAGUUGUCGUGAAUGCAAACGGGGUCUACGCCUGAACUUCAUCGAUACCCGAGUCAAAAGUCCGCCAUUUGUGCCGCCUACGUUGGAGUGGUCAGUACAAUUUCAUGACGAGUCGCGGCUGAUUGCGUCGGAGUAUCAGGGUGGAUUGGGACGCUAUCCCCGGCUGGAUCAGAACACCGCCGUCACGCCGCCUCAUGAGACAGAACUGAAUGCCACGCUCCGUGUUGUCGCUCAGAAACAGGAUGCCGGUGACGGCAAGACCUACCACCCGGACAACGACGUCACUCCGGGCCUUGGUGAACAGGAUGUGGUCGACAAAGGCAGUGAUGCUGCUGGCUUGAUAAUAAGACUCUCCCCUAACCAGCCCAUUUACGAUGGAAAUCAGUUAUUCCAACCCCAAGAUCUGCACCUGCGGAAUGACAGCGACGGUCCUUUUACGAUGCGGGUCAAGAUCUCACAACAUCACACAGCAAAGGGUGGCUGGGCUUCACAAGCCCAAGGAUACAGGAGGAGCGAGGUAUCAGCGAGUGCGGUGCCUUCUUUUUCCCAGUAUGGCCAUCAAAGUCAGUCUGCACGGCAAAGCGUUCCAAUGACGACCUACGGGCUGCAAACCAGCCAAACCCAGCACGCGCCCGAAGCCAUGUCAGAAAAUUCGACCGCCAGGACUACCCCGUCAAAGAAAACAACUGUCGAACGGGACUAUCUCAGCACGGAUUCCGAAAUUCAUCUUAUGCAAGUGUUCAUUAGCGAAGUCGCCCCUUGGAUGGACAUCCUUAGUAAAGGCAAGCAUUUCGCCAACACGAUGCCCGACCUAGCCCUCAAAUCACCCAUGCUUCUCAAUGCUCUCCUAGCCUGUGGCACCAUGCACCUCUCCCUGACACAACGACAACAACAACAACAAGAACAACAAUCUUCUUCCCAGCCUUCCGGUAUCAGCACUAUCAACAAAGCCUGUUCGUACUACGAUCUCGCAAUGAUGGAGCUCUUGCAUAACCUCGAGCAGACUGGCUCACCAUCGGACCGCAAUGCAGCCGAGUGUGCCACCGCGGCUACUGUGCUCAACGCGUACGACAUUAUGAACAGCGGCGGGAACCCGUCCCCAUCCCCGUUCCCGUUCCCGUUAUCGAGAUCGCAGCAGCAGCAGCGGGUAGCAAUAGAUUACCACAUCGCCGGCUGCGCCAGGGCGCUGGUAAAGGAAUGCCGGUGGAACGCGAACUCGGCGUCAGCGGCGGGGACUGGUGUGGGGGAAGCUUGUUUUUGGUUCAACGGGUGCAUGGAGGUGCUCAGCUGUUUGCAGCCGGCGCUGGUGAUGAUGAACUCGUGGCAGCAGACCCCAACUGUUUGGGAUCCCGAUCAGUGGGGGCUGGAUGUGAAUGUUGACCGAUGGGCGACUGCUGCGAAUAGUACGGCGGUUACGGGGAACGACAGUGAUCUGAAAAUAAUUGAAAAUGAUGACCAGUCGCCCUUUGGGCUUCGUCGGCUCGGUGCUUCGGGCGGUGGGGGAUACGGCACUGGCAACGGCAGCGGAGAGGAAGAGCUUUGGGCGCAACGCAUCCUCUACGUCCUCGCCAAGGUUGUUAACUUUUGCUCUGCAAACAACAACAGCGUGUCACGAUACCAAGAAACCUCGCCUCACGACGAACAGAUGCGUCUCCAGAGGCGAUUCACGGAGUGGAAGAGCCUCAAUGACAUGUGCGACACCUGGAGAAGUAAUUGUCCGCGAUCAAUGCGGCCGUAUGGAUAUGUUCGCUCGUUCUCGAGCGGGUCGUUGUUUCCUAAUGUCUGGCUCAUCAAACGCCCUGCCCUCAUCGCCCGCCUCUUCUACCACGUAGCCAUGUGCAUCCUCGCCCAAGUAAACCCCGUCAGUCCGCGCGAUAGCGACGCCAACCGCGAGCUUCAGCAACAUCACGCUCGGCAGGUGUGCGGUAUUGCCGCGCAUAACAAAGAUCGUGCCGUGGCGUCGAUAGUGACUCGCUGCGUUGCGACCGUGGGCGGUGUGCUAUCUGAUCGAGCUGAGCAGACUGAGGCAUUGGCUAUCCUGGAGAGGAUCAGCACCGAGGCUGGGUGGAGGUUGGGUAGCUUGGUGACUGAUAUGAAGAGGGCUUGGAGCUGGGGAGUUGUUGAGAUGCCAAAUGGUGGUGGUGGUGGUGGUACAAAUGCUGCCAACGGGAACAACAAUAGAGGAGGAGGAGUAGAAGGAGGAAAAUCCUUUGCUUCGGCUCUACUUGGUGCUGGCGGUCUGACCUCGGCGACCGGGCAGACAACAAUGGAAUUACCGCUUCCUUUGCCUUUGAGACCGCCUUCUAUAUUACAGCUUUUUGGUGCGUCGUCGCAAACUCAGCAACAUCAGGAACAACAGGCGCCAACUACCCGAACUUCUCCCACAGCGGCAGCAACUACGUACUCCAACUCGUCUACUAUACCUAAUUUGACGACUGUUCAACCAACUCUUACUAUUACUCCCUCGAGCAGCCGACACCAGACGCAUCAGACGCAUCACACUCAUCCGACACACCAAAGCAGACCUAGUCCGCCUUCUUCGGCUGUGGGCGUUAGUCAACAAGCAUAUCAGGGAUGGUACCACCAGGCCCCUUCGCCUACAAGGUCAGGCAACAUGAGUUCACAGCAGAUGGGAGGGGCAGGAGGCUCUUCUUCUCUUAGAUGGGGUUGAAAUCCCGUGGACAUGAUCUCCACAAAGACGUUUCGCUAUGGUAAACUUCUCCAAGUUCCCU